AUGGCGUCCAGGUUUAAAGAUGUUACAGAUUCUGAUGUGGCAGCAUUAAAAGAUGCUGCCGAGAACUUAAACACCCGUAAAAGCACAGUUAACUGGUUGAGAGUUUUUGAGAACUGGUGUGAUGAAAAUGCCCUCGACAAAAGUGCUGAGAAGCUUCCUCCUAAACAGCUGGAUAAAGUUCUUGAGCAGUUUUAUGCCUCUGUCCGUAAACAAGACGGAACCGACUACAAACCUGGCUCCUUAAAAGUAAUGCAAGCAGCACUUGACCGCCACCUGAAGGAGAAAGGGUACUCUUUGUCAAUUAUAAAGGACAGAGAAUUUUUGAGUUCUCGAAAAGUGCUAGAGGGAAAGGCGCAUAAGCUGCGAAACGAAGGUAAAGGAAAAUUGCCAAAUAAGUCACGAAGCCUAACAAGAGAGGAAUAA